AUGGGCCUGGCUGAGACAAGACGCCACCCAUUCAACGCCGUCUAUGACAUCGGAGAAGAACUGUUUCUCGGGUCAUGCGAUAAUAGAGGAGUCGUCGGCGUCGGGGUUCUCGCCAACACGAAUUUGUCCACGAACAUCGAUUUAUUCGAACAGCUUACAACCCGAAUCAGACCUUUACGAAUAGAAAGGUGUAGAACAACACCAGCUUUGACAAUUCUCGUCGUUUACGCGCCGACAUCAAACUAUGACGGAGAAGAAGUCGAAUGGUUCUAUAAGGACUUGGAGAAGUUCUAUAGAGAAGACCAUACAUUCUUCAUGGUAAUUAUUGGAGACUUUAACGCCAAAAUUAGACCAAGAGGAUCGUCUGAAGUACGUCACAUUGGGACCCACGGAUUCGAAUGGAACGAGCAGGGUGAGCGGCUAAGUGAGUUGAUCAUGGUGACCAAGACCACCCAUGGUAACUCGCAAUUCCAGAAGCCCACCCUCAGCGCUAGACGUGUGAGACUCCCAAUGGUGAUAGGUUUUGGCUAA